AUUCGAACGCGGUCACACUGAGCACGUGGAAGACGAAGCAGCUAAAUAUAUUAGUUUUAUCAAAAACAACGCAAUUUGCGAUUUAAAAGCUACAACCGAUCCCAUUAUGGAGGUAGAGAACAUCAAGGCGGACGCAUUCGAACCGGCGAAGAGGGCACCCAAACGCGGGGCCUCUGGAAGCAGCCAGCAGGACGUGGAGAUGCAGGUGGACGAGGCAACCGGUAUCGAAGGCCAGGUCCUGGGAUCCUCCCGUGCAUCAGCUCCGCCCAAGGCGAAAAGAGCCAGAAGCGAGCUGCGCAAGGUGUCCGUACCGCCGCAUAGAUACUCCUCCCUGAAGGAACACUGGAUGAAGAUCUUUACGCCCGUGGUGGAACAUAUGAAAUUGCAGAUCCGCUUCAACAUGAAGGCGCGACAGGUGGAGCUUCGUGUUGGUCCGGAGACGCCAGAUAUUGCCAACCUGCAGCGCGGAGCGGACUUUGUGCGUGCCUUCCUCUGCGGCUUCGAAGUUGACGAUGCCCUGGCUUUACUACGAUUGGAGGAUCUGUUCGUGGAAUCUUUUGAAAUCAAGGACGUAAAGACACUGCGCGGCGACCACCAGUCGCGUGCCAUUGGUCGCCUUGCCGGAAAGGGAGGACGUACCAAGUUUACUAUUGAGAACGUGACUAAGACCCGCAUCGUGUUAGCAGACAGCAAAAUCCACAUCCUUGGGAGCUACCAGAACAUUCAGCUGGCGCGACGGGCAGUCUGCAAUCUGAUCCUGGGAUCACCGCCCAGCAAGGUCUACGGCAACCUGAGGGCCGUUGCCUCGCGCCUCUCGGAGCGCAUGUGAUCGUGAUUUGAGAUUGAGAAGUAGUUGCGUUUUUUUUAGCAUUAGCAAUAAAUAAUAAAUAUAACAUGUA